AUGAUUACAGAUAAAUGUAAAUUAGUAAAUAAUAAUGAUGAAAGAGGAAAUUUUGUUGUAGCUACAAAUGAAAUUAAAGUUGGAGAAUUAUUAUUCCCAGAAGAAUCAUUUGCAUCAAUUCCAUUAGAAUUUCAUAUGAACAAAGAUUACUGUUUCUUAUGUUGUAAACAAUCGGAAGUUGAACAAGUACAACAACCAUCCCAACAACCACAACAAACAAAUAAUAAAUCAAUUCAAUGUAAAUUUGGAUGUAAUAUGUGGUUUUGUUCAGAAAUUUGUUCAAAUGAUAUGACACAUCAAUUGGAAUGUUCAUUCAUUAAUAAAUUGAUUGAAUCAUCAAUAAAGAAUGAAUGUGAUGUAUCAACAUGUUUAUUGGCAUUGAGAAUAAUGAUUAGAAAUAAGAUUGAAAGUGAUAAAUAUCAAGAAACAGUUGGUAAACUUUCAAAUCAAUUAGAGAAAUUCAUUGAAAUUAAUAAAUCAUUCAUUGAAAAGUAUGAUAUUAAUUUCCAACAAUUUAUCAAUCAAUUACAACAAGAGAAUUCUGAUCCAUCAUUAUUAGCAAUCUUUAAUAAAGAUGAGUUUUUACAAAUAAUUUCUUCAAUCUAUAUUAAUUCAUUCUCUGGUCUUUCAAAUGACUUUAAUCGUAAACCAAUUUCAAAUGGUUAUUUCUAUAAACCAGCUUUAUUAAAUCAUUCUUGUGAACCAAAUAUAUUUUUUACAAUUAAAGAUAAAAAUUUAGAAAUGAGAGCAUGUAAAAAAAUUGAAAAAGAUGAAGAAAUUGUUGAUUCAUAUGUUGAUUUAUUAUUACCAACAAUUGAAAGACAAAAAAUAUUAUAUAAUAGUAAAAACUUUUUAUGUAAAUGUUCAAGAUGUAGUGAUUCAACAGAGGAUGAAAGAUAUUUAUCAUCAAUUUAUUGUUUCCAUUGUAAUGAUGGUGUUGAAUUUAUUUCACCAGAAAUUUAUUUUAAUAAAGAUACAAAGAAAUUACAAGAGAAUUGGAAAUGUUCAAAUACAAGUAACACUUGUGAAUUCAAUAAAAAGAAACAAAAUAAGAGAAAUAAGGAUCCAGAAUUGGUAUUGAUUUUAGCAGGAAUCAAUGAAUUUAAAGAGUUUAUCAAUAGUGAGCAAUUGUUAUUCAAUGAUGUUAAUUUGUCAACUGCUGAUCAGGAGAUGCCAAUAAUUGAGAAUAUUUUAAAAAGAUUAUUAAAAUUUGAAAGAGAUGUAUUGUCAAGAUUGAAUUUGAAUCAUCAAUGUUGGUUAAUUUAUCAUAUAAAGUUAUCGAAAACUUUUGAAAAGUUGUCUUUGGUUUACAAUAAUUUCGAUUACUUGGUUCAAUCAAUUCAACAUUAUAAAGAGUUAACCAGACAUGUUGAAUCGAUUUUCAAAUCUUCAACAUCUGGUGAAUUGGUUGAUUGUUAUUACCAUUUAGGUAGAAUUAAUGAGAAAUAUCUAUUAUCAUUAAUUAAACAAAGAAAUCAAUUCAAUCAAUUAAAAUUACAAAAUCAAAAUAAACAAGAUCUUGAUAUUGAUAAAUUAAAUUCUGAUAUUAAAAAUUUAUUAAAAUUUAUUAAUCAAUGUUAUACAAAUUCUUAUAAUCAUUCAGUUUUAGUAUAUGGUAAUAAUCAUUUAAAAUCAAUUCAAUUAAAUGAAAUGAUUUUAAAAUCAAAUUUAAAAUCAACAACAACUAAUUAA